AGCUCGCUUGAUGUGUUAUAUUGUCUCACUUGCAGUUCCUACGUGAUUUAUGAAGUCAAUUCAAUUCAGUUGGUUGGCCAUCAAGGUGCAGCAGUGAUCUCUCCUAUAUCAUACUACUGUUGCUCUGGCUAAAUUUGCUUUAAAGAAACAUACACUUUCACUCCAGCUUGAGUCAGUCACCGCACUUUAUACCUUUCAAUUCACAUCAUCCACAGAAUGGAAGUUCCAGAGGCUGUCGUCUACCCUGUCCUAAAAGGCAAGGUUGCGAUCGUAACCGGCGGUUCACAAGGCAUGGGAAAGGCCACAUCGUCAGUCUUCCUACGAGCUGGUGCUCAAGUGGUCAUUGCCGAUGUGAAAGAAGUCGAGGGCCAAGCAACUGAAAAAGAGUUGUCGCAGUUUGGAGAAAUCUUGUUUGUGCGAUGCGACAUCUCCAAGUCAGCGGACGUUCAUAAUCUCAUCGCGGUAACAGUCGAGAAAUUCGGCAAGCUCGAUGUAGCUGUUAACAACGCUGCUCUCACGCCGGACAAGACACAGCUUAUCGAUUUUGAUGAAGACUACUGGAAUACUCUCGUGGGAAUCAACCUUACUGGAACAGCAUUAUGUUGCAAGUAUGAAAUGCAACAGAUGGCAAAACAGGGCACUAAAGGUUCUAUUGUCAAUAUUGCAUCUAUCAACGCUUUUAGGCCACAACCAAACAUGCCCGCUUAUACAGCAACCAAGCAUGCUAUCAUUGGUUUAACUAAACAUGCCUCUGUAGAGGGAGGGCCAAAGGGGAUCCGAGUGAAUGCCGUUGCACCGGGUGCCAUCUUUAGUGAUAUGUCAGCCGCGGCAUUGGACAUUAUGGGAACUACUAUGGAAGAGUUCGCCCCAACGGUCAGCAACUUGCAUCGUUUCGGAAUGGCUCAUGAAGUUGCACAAGCCUCGUUGUGGCUCUCAUCAGAUAACUCCUCAUAUGUCACUGGUGUUUGUUUACCCGUGGAUGGAGGAUAUUUGGCGAAGUGACCUAGAAUAUUGGUCGUUUGUAUUGACUGAAAGAAUAGAAAAUGAUCAUAAAGGCAUAGUCGCCUCUCAAAGCUACUCACAUUCUCUCGAUAGUGACGUCGCUCAGUACCUUGUUUCGGCCUCGUUAACCUUGAUUGGUUUGCGACUGACUGUCAAUUGUCCAUCUCAUCGUCACCUGACAUCUUGCCACGUUUUGUGUUAGCAUUCUGUAUGAUAACUGAGAAAAAUCUUAACUUAAUGAUUAAUAUUCACGUGGCUAUAAAGCUGAGCACAUAGAUCCACCUGCCAGAACUCAAGGAAAAGAAACAAAGCU